AUGAAACGGAGGCAGCCAUCUAGGUCAGGAAAAAAUGCGUCCAACGCCAAUGAAGCUGUCACUAGCGAGGAAUAUUUUGAAACCUGCAAUAGGUUCCAGGGAAACUUUGCGCUACGAAAUGGUCAGACCCCGUCGUCAGAUGACGGCAGCAUCAUUCAAGCCAUCGUCCAGGGGGAAACAGCUCCUGCGCCAGAAGUCCAAAAAAGCAGAUAUCGGAUCACUCUGGAUUAUGCCUAUGAUCCGACAGAUAAAGCACUGGCGCUGGACAACUCAAUUCUCGAAGAACUGAUUCGAAUAUUGAAACCCUCUACGGACUCUUUGGAAAGUCUAAGCCAAGCAGACUUACUGGAGGGGUUGAAACCCGUUUUGCACAGCCUUCUAUCUCACUUAGUCAACAAAUCACAGUCUCUAGAAGCUGAGAGGGGACUGAAACCUGUACCCAAGCCGAGAUCCUCCAGCUCAUCAGCUCGACUAGUUAUGAAUGUGGGAGCCGAGAAAAAGGCACAAGAGGAGGAAGAAGAAGAAGAAGAAGAAAAAGAGGCUGUACAGGAUGUGCCGGAUGAGAACGUUGAAGAGGAGGAGCCACCGCACGAGGCCGCAGAAACGGUCACAACAGAGGACGUAGCUGAAGCCCAGGAAAAUCUGCAAGUUUCGGACCCAGUGCCUGCGGACAAGCUUGAAGCUUCACCUAAUGAUGACCAGGUGGACGCAGAACCCAGUCCAGAAGCAGCUGAUUAUCAUAAUCCCACCAGCGACUAUCAGUCCGGAGAAACAAAUGUUGCCGAAAACGAGUCCCUGAAAACUGUCCCAUCAAAAUCCCAACCUUCCGAGAGAUCGAUACCAGAACAUUCGCUUGCUAAUUCCGUUCAAGAUCCCAAGCUAGCUCAGGUGCUUGUAGCAACUCUCUCUGUUAGCACAUCAAGUUCAAUCCAACGGAUUGAGUCCUCGCAAUUUAUCGCAAAUGUUUCUUUAGUUAACGAAACACCAAAUGAUAACGGCGGUGAAAUUGAAUUGCAGGCGCCUCAGUACUAUACCAUUGAGGUGGCCGUUGAUGGCCCCGUCCUAACUGACCCCGAACAAAUUGGGGGAUCAGUAGGGGCGUCAGUAAUAGAAGGAAUUCAAAUUUCUGCGAUCGAUGAAUUAGGUCGCGAAGCCAACGUCACGAGCAUGGUAUCAAACGAUGGCAAGGAGAUUGUUGUCGAGAGUGUCAUCGAUAUUUCCUCGACCGCUGUUGUGACCCAAGAAUCUGCUCCCUAUUCGGAGGUAAACGAAGACUUUAUUCCGCCUCAGGACCUUCCAGACGAGUCGGCCACCAAUACAAAGUUAACUGAGGACGGUAAUGGUCAGGAAAGUUUGAAUGAAAACUUACUAGAGCCCAGGGAUUCUCCCUUACUUGUCCUCCAGGUAGACUCAUAUGAUGCUAAUGAGGUUGUUCUCCAAGACCGGCUAGAAACUAUAGAUCAACCUGCUGAGGUUGUAGGCGCAAUUAUACAGGAGGAGGGCCUCCCAGAACGACCGAUCCCUGAAAUCAUUCUCGAUAGUCAGCCGAUGAAUGAAAUUGAGGAGGUGGACUCUAAAGUCUUCAAGGUAUCCAAAAAGUUUACAAAAAGACCGGAUUCGAGGUCGCGAGGGUCUUGCGAGCACUCAGUCAUUGGAAUUCGGGCCUCAGUCGACGGAUCCGUCUUGAAGUUGACCCAGGAGUCCGAGGUAUGCCCUGCAGACAAUUCCGAAGACGGGGGCACGGAGGUGACCUACAACCUUGACUUGCUCAUUUCCUGGCCGAAGAGAAGGAAGUCGGAUAGCGGUGGACAGUUGGAUCUUCGAGUGGGAUUGCCUGGCACGGAAAUGAAACUCGCCUCCGACGGGAAGUCUAUCGAAGUAUCCUCCAGUUCAAACAAGGCUCAUAAAAAGAAUGUGUCUGCGGAGCCGGAGGAGGAGACUCCACUGGAAAUGGAAUAUGACAAAAAUGACCAAAAUGGCUCCUGCUCCAUACCUGAUGGAUACACUGAAACAGGCCUGUUUGACCCUUACGUGACUGAGCGUUCGUCGUCUAACGAUUUCAAGACUGCACACUUCAGUCAUCAAAUAGGACGUUUCUCGGUACUGACGUAUAAAACUGACGUUCAAGUUCAUCCCACCGAGAGGUCAGUAUACCCAACAUCCAUAGCUCAGUCACUGUUCACAGGGGUGACGGACCUCAAACCCGGAUUCCUCUAUCUUCGUCAUGUCUUCUGUACGCGUAAAGAUUUUUCAGAAGCCCUGUGGGACUUUUGCAGGCAAAACAACGCAAGUUUCCGAUGUGAGCCGGACCUGGCACCCCUGCGUCCCCAAACUUCUCCUUAUUGGCGACGGGAAGGCGGAGAGAAUGAAAGCAACGUGGCUACUCGCUUUCAGCCAAUUGCAUCCAAAUCACCCAGCUUCAGUUCCCCUCCUGUACAACUGACAUUCACGAAGCUGUGCCUCGCAGUUGACAAUUUUGCCUCCCCGAAAGGACAUGGUCUUGGCGUCCUUGGAACUUUAAAAAGCCUCCUUACAGCUUCUAGCUCCAAGGUUCUAAAGGCUGCCCCUCGACAAGGGCUCCUUUCAUACAAUCAAAUCGGUUACAGCCCGCAUCUGGGAACGAAAGUUGCGAGGAAGCGUCAGCAGGACCCGUUGGAGUCUGCAAGCAGACGGGCCAGGGUCUACCAAUUCUUUCUGCCUACCAGAAAUGGGACCAAUCCGCCUGAACAGCACUCGCGCCGGUCUUGCUUGUGCACGGUUCUAGCAGCACUAUACACUCCUCCCCGUCAAGCAAAACGGUUUACAAAGACCAAUACUACCAGUUUCUCCUCUCGUGCGACAGCUGCUAAUCGCGCAACACCUAAACCACCAACACCUGAAUGCGAUCAAGGGACUGGCGUUUGUGGGACGGAGUCGGGGGCUGUACUUGAACGAGCUCUUUUUUCCUGA